CCCAUGGAUUUGUGAUAUAAAAUUCCUUUGAUUGUCCUCAGACAAAACACAGUGGAAUGUUGAUUGCUAUCUUCUCAUUGUAAUGUGGAUCCGGUCAAAGUCAUAAAGAGAAUUAGAAUGAUUUGACCAAAGGAACAAAGAAUGAAAAGAAAGAGAUCUUGGAAUUGAUAUCUCGCGAGCAAUUCAAGGCAUUGGAUCAAAAGUAAAGUCAGCUUGUGCAGUGACAGUUGAAUUAUCAGUUUGGUUGUACAAGGUGUCACAGGUGUCCACAACGGGAGUCUAAUGUGGAUUAACGCUUAUACCAACAGUGACGGAUGAUGCUUACGGGGAUGCUUACUGCUAACGAAGAUAUUAUGGCAAACGAGGAUGGGAAGGUUGAAAGCAAUGGCCACGACCAGGCUGAUGUCGGCUACCAGAAACACCGAGAAAGCCAAAGUGAUAUGCCAGUCCCUGAAAAUCUGGUGAAUGAUGCACAAGCUCAGGCUGACGCCAUCUUAGGUCGUUUAAAGAGUGUUGUGACUUAUGGAAUUGAGGAUAACCCGCCUUGGCACACCACUAUAGUACUAGCAUUUCAGCAUUUCUUAACGAUGUUCAGUGGAGUAUUGGCAAUCCCUUUGAUCCUGUCUAAUUCCUUGUGUCUUGCUGAAGAUCCUGGCACCUUAGCAGAACUCAUAGGAACUAUCUUCUUUAUCUCUGGACUCGUCACCUUACUGCAGUCCACCUUUGGCGUCAGAUUACCAAUCGUACAAGGCGGAACGUUCACAUUUCUCCUCCCGACUUUUGCUAUAUUGGGCAUCAGGGGCGAUUGUCCAACCAAAGCUGCUAAUGCAACUGAUGAGGAAAUACAUGCGGAAUUCCGUAGCAGGAUGCAAGAGAUUCAAGGUGCCGUGAUGGUUGCAUCGGUUGUCCAGGUAGUGAUAGGAUUUACUGGAAUAAUGGGAUUUCUACUGCAGUUCAUUGGUCCGUUAGCUAUCGCUCCUACCAUCGGUCUUAUUGGACUGUCUCUCUUCAAGGAAGCUGCUAGACAGGCUUCAGUCCACUGGGGUAUCGCAUGGAUGGUGAUUAUCAUCAUAAUUGUAUUCUCACAAUAUUUGGAGCGUUUCCCGAUUCCGUGCCUAGCUUUCAACAAAACCAAAAAGUGUCAUGUCACCAAGUUUCCAAUCUUCAAGUUAUUUCCAAUCAUUUUAGCCAUUUUGAUUGGUUGGUUGUUCAGUUACAUCUUCACGGUAACGAAUGUAUUUCCCACUGACCCCGAAGCUUAUGGUUAUGGGGCUCGUACUGAUCUAACUCAGGGGGUCUUAGCUGAGUCACCGUGGUUUGAUUUCCCAUAUCCAGGUCAGUGGGGUGUUCCAAGCGUGACUACCGCUGGAACUCUGGGUAUGCUGGCUGGUGUACUUGCCUCUAUGGUGGAAUCUGUGGGUGACUAUUACGCCUGCGCCAGACUGUCGGGUGCCCCUCCCCCACCUGCUCAUGCAAUCAAUCGUGGUAUCGGAAUGGAGGGUAUCGGGUGCAUUUUGGCGGGAGCCUGGGGCACAGCGAACGGCACUACGUCAUACAGUGAAAAUAUCGGUGCUAUAGGUAUUACCAAGGUGGGAAGCCGUCUUGUCAUUCAAGUCGCUGCAUGUAUUCUAAUGAUCGUGGGAAUCUUUGGCAAGUUUGGUGCCUUUUUCUCCACUAUUCCAGACCCAGUCAUUGGUGGUGUUCUUUCUACAACAUUCGGUAUGGUAAUGGCAGUUGGAAUCUCUAACCUUCAGUUUGUGGACCUCAACUCACCACGGAACCUCUUCAUUGUUGGUUUCUCAUUCUAUGUUGGUAUUGUGAUUCCUGAUUACAUCCUAGAAAAUCCAGAGUCUAUCAACACAGGAAAUGCAACAUUUGACCAAGUUGUAUUGGUUCUGCUAGAGACUAGUAUGUUUGUUGGUGGAGCUGUUGGAUUCUUCCUAGACAAUACAGUACCAGGUACUCGUGAGGAGCGAGGCCUCACAAAAUGGAGAGACAUGUAUGGAAUGGCUGAUGAUGAGGAAGAUGAAGACUUUGUUGAUGCCUCAGAAGAAGUGAUGGAACUCACCCUCAGGUCAUAUGAGAUGCCAUUUGGGAUGGGCUAUAUCAGGAAAUGGAAGUGGGCAAGAUAUCUUCCCUUCAGCCCCACAUUUAAAGGGAUAAAUCUAAAAAAAUACUUUAGGAGAUGCAGACCAAGGAAAUCAAAGAAAGAACAUGACAUUCCAAUGUCUGACAAUGAAGGAAAUGUUGCAUGAGAUCUACAUCCUUUCUAUCCUACUGUCUUCCAUACCACCGAUGUGACAACUCACGGGUGCAUUGCUCAGUCCUUCCUAACUGUAUCAUUGUCCUAGACAACAUCUACUAAGACUCAAGAGGGCAUAUUUUUAUCAUUUCAUGGUGAUUAAGUGACUUAUUAAGGUGAUGAUUAUUCAAGGAUGCAUCAAGAAUGAACUCGAAUAUACAACUUGAGUGCUGCCAGAUAUUCUCCAAAUUAAUGACUUGUUCUCUUUCAAUGCAUUGAACUUUGGGUGAGGCUAAACAUGAAGAGAGU